AUGGAGGAUGUCAUCAUUUGGCUUCUUGCCAUGAAAAUUCCGGGGUCUUCAACUUGUGGCCCAUGUCCACCGGGCUUCGAAGGCGAUGGGAGAAGAUGCUUACGUUCGAGAAGUCCGUGUGAGGUGAAUAAUGGAGGAUGUCAUCAUUUGGCUUCUUGCCAUGAAAAUUCCGCCAUUUCAGCCUCGUACGUGCGGUGCAUUUGUCCGUAUGGGUUCACCGGCGUUGGGAUCGGGCCCUUGGGUUGCUCACCCACCCCACCGGCAGGUCAGCCGGUGAAUCCGUCUCCCGGCGGUGGCUCCACUGCGAUCGUCACGAUGAACUCGUGCAACCCGAACCCGUGUUUGAACAACGGUCUCUGCAUCCCGAACCCGUUAUCAAGUCUCCCUAUUUGCUCGUGUCCGUCGGGAUUCGAUGGUCGACUGUGCGAGCUCAACAUCAACGACUGCUGGAGUAGCCCGUGUCAGAAUGGUGGCACCUGUGUGGACGGUGUGGGAAUGUUCACGUGCACUUGUCGUCCGGGAUUCACUGGCACGAAUUGUGAGGUUGAGGAAUGGCGCUGCGGUGGGAUUUUGUCCUCGGACAGCGGAGAAAUCGACUUUCCUGCACCGGGUUCCAUGGACGUUUAUCCACACAACACAACUUGCUCUUGGCUCAUCGUGGUAAACGAGACAAAGGUCGUUGGGUACAAGUUUGAGCGGUUCGACCUGGAGGUCAGCUCCGUGUGUCAUUACGACUACUUGAAACUUUCCGAUGGCCUUUCAGCGACAUCUGGAAGUACGAAAACGUACUGCGGCGGCAGAGGCCCUCAGUUACACGACCUGCAGCAAACGUCGCAUCAUCAGCUGCGUGUUUUGUUUCGUUCGGAUCAUAGCAUCGCUCAUCGAGUCUGCGGUGGGGUCGUGUCGGGAACCCACGGAACGAUCAACUCCCCGGGAUACCCCGGAAAUUACCCACAUAAUCGGGACUGCUUUUGGGUCGUGACUGCUCCGCUCGGAAAACGGAUCAACUUCCAGUUCGCCACGAUGCAACUGGAAGUGCAUGCCAAUUGCAGCUUCGACUUCCUCAAAAUCUACGACGGUGUGACGGAAAAUGCCCCUCUGAUCGGGUCCUUCUGCAACGUCUCCAUUCCGCCGCCUCUGGAAACUGCCGGCUCUUAUGCCUUGCUACAUUUUCACUCGGAUGAGUCAUUGGCUGACGCCGGCUUCCACAUCACGUUUUCUACUCGAUCUGGAAUUCCUGGUUGUGGUGGUGUCCUUGCGGAUGCGAGUGGAUCUUUUGCUUCUCCCGGGCAUCCAGAAACGUACGAAAACAAUAUCGAGUGCGACUGGGUCAUACGAACUCACGGCGAUGAGAAAAUUCGCCUGCAUUUCGUAACAUUCGCUCUCGAGAGUUCGUAUUCCGGAUGUUCCUACGAUUACGUUGAGAUUCGAGAAGGAGGUGAACCUGACGGUCCCUUGGUUGGCAAAUAUUGCGGAAAUAACGUUCCCCCGGAUUACGUUUCUCUGAGCAACCGAUUGUUCGUGAAGUUCCAUGCUGAUCAGUCAAUAAGUUACACUGGAUUCAGAGCACAAUAUUCGACACUUUGUGGUGGCGAUUUCCGAAGCGAAACUGGCGUGCUUAAAUCGCCGUAUCAUCCUGAUCCGUAUCCACACGACAAAGAAUGCGAUUAUGUCAUCGCUUUGCCUGGACCAUUUCGCUAUGCUAACAUCCGUGAUGGAGAUUUGCCGACUUCGCCGUUGAUAGGAAAGUUCUGCGGAGGACCAGACGAAACUCCGGAUCCAAUUAUUUCCUCAGCAAAUUAUCUUUACGUUAUGUUCAGGACUGAUGGAAGUGUCGCAAAUCACGGAUUCUUGGCAAAUUAUUCUGCGAUCGAUAUCCAAUGCGGAGGGAUUUUCAAAGAACGUCAAGGCACACUGACUUCACCCGGACACCCGAACGAAUACCCGCACGGGAUCACUUGCAACUACAUCAUCUCAGCUCCCCCGGGUUUCGUGGUGCGACUCUCGUUUCACGAGUUCACUUUAGAAGACCACUUGGAUUGCGAAUACGAUUACGUGGACGUGAACGACACGACUCAGAUCCCGGGCCUGGGGGGCCGCGUUGGGCGCUAUUGCGGCAAUGCGAUCCCACCGGUCAUCACGUCCAUGGAUAACAAUUUGAUCGUCACGUUCCACGCUGAUGGUUCCGUAGCUGCGAACGGAUUUUCAGCCACUUAUGUAAUGCUCAAUGCGUCCAGUGGAGGAAUUGUUCGUGUNCCUGGUAAAGCGAUACGAUUGCAGUUUCUUGCCUUCGACAUUGAAUCUCACUCCCGAUGCGGUUAUGACUUCCUGGAGAUCCGUGAUGGAGAUUUGCCGACUUCGCCGUUGAUAGGAAAGUUCUGCGGAGGACCAGACGAAACUCCGGAUCCAAUUAUUUCCUCUGCAAAUUAUCUUUACGUUAUGUUCAGGACUGAUGGAAGUGUCGCAAAUCACGGAUUCUUGGCAAAUUAUUCUGCGAUCGAUAUCCAAUGCGGAGGGAUUUUCAAAGAACGUCAAGGCACACUGACUUCACCCGGACACCCGAACGAAUACCCGCACGGGAUCACUUGCAACUACAUCAUCUCAGCUCCCCCGGGUUUCGUGGUGCGACUCUCGUUUCACGAGUUCACUUUAGAAGACCACUUGGAUUGCGAAUACGAUUACGUGGACGUAAACGACACGACUCAGAUCCCGGGCCUGGGGGGCCGCGUUGGGCGCUAUUGCGGCAAUGCGAUCCCACCGGUCAUCACCUCCAUGGAUAACAAUUUGAUCGUCACGUUCCACGCUGAUGGUUCCGUAGCUGCGAACGGAUUUUCAGCCACUUAUGUAAUGCUCAAUGCGUCCAGUGUAUGUGGAGGAGAAUUUUACUCGGAAACGGGAAUGAUCCGGUCUCCAGGGUACCCCUACGGUUAUCCCCACAACAGGGAAUGUGUCUGGACUAUCGUCGCACCCCCGGGGCGUCAGGUUUACCUCAACUUCACGGAUUUCGAGAUAGAAGCGCAUCAGAAUUGCGAAUACGACUUCUUGGAGAUCAGGAAUGGCGGAACUGUGUAUUCGCCGCUUAUUGGCAAAUUUUGUGGCACUCAGCUUGCGAAUCAGCGCAUUCCUGGACACUCGAACAAAUUUUACUUGAGACUGAAAACGGACGAUUCGCAGUCGGGACCCGGAUUUUUUAUAACUUGGAAUGCUGUUGCAACUGGUUGCGGAGGUACGCUUACGUCAGCGGAAGGAGAAAUAGCCUCGCCAAAUUACCCGAUGCCAUUUGGCCACGUGGGAACAUGCGUUUACAAAAUCCAGAUUAGCCAUGGAUCUAAAAUUGCCAUCAGGUUUUCUGAUUUGGACAUCGACGCAAAUUCUGGAAACCGAUACUGCGCAUUCAACUUCGUUCAGUUGCUGAAAGGUCCAAAUAUUCGGUCUCCUGUUGCUGGAAAAUUCUGUGGCUCUUCGACUCCUGCUCCAAUAGUGAUUGAUACGAAUGCUUUGACUGUGAUUUAUCGGUCUCGGAUUGCUGGUGAAGGAAGAGGCUUCAAGAUGUCUUACGAGACUGGACCGUGUGGAGGUGUGAUAAGAAGACCGAGGGGUUCGAUCACUUCUCCGAAUUACCCAAGAACAUAUCCCCAUAACACUGAUUGUUUCUGGCAUAUCAUCACUGACCCAGGAAGCGCCAUCAAUCUCACUAUACAUAAUCUGGAUAUCGAGGGAUCUACGUCUAUGACCACUUGUGUCUAUGAUUCUCUGCGGAUUUACGGGGGCCCCGACUCGAAUUCGCCGCUUCUCAUGGAGCAGUGCCAUCAGAUCAACAGCCCAAGAACAGUUCAAACUAUGGGAAACGAGAUGUUCAUUGUUCUGGAAACGGAUAUUUCUGUGACGGGUACAGGUUUUUACUUGACCUUCGACAGUUUGGACUCGGGUGGAUGCGGUGCCCGAAUAAGAAACAACAUGGGCUCCAUUCAUUCUCCCAAUUAUGGAUCGGGAACGUAUGAUUCCUCUUUGGAUUGUUUUUGGACAAUAACUGUGGACGAGAACCACGUGGCAGUGUUGAACUUCACGGAUUUCGACGUUGAGGCGCACAGGAACUGUUCUUAUGACUACGUGGCAAUUUACGACGGACCAGAUUCGAAUUCUCCGUUAUUGGGACAAUUUUGCGGAUCGUCUUUGCCCGAAGGCAAUCCUUUCCAAGCUACUGGGAAUCAAGUCACUGUUCGGCUUGUAGCUGAUGGAUCUUUGACUGGGCGCGGAUUCGCUGCGUCUUAUUUUGCGGGCUGCGGAGCGAGAAUCAAGGUGGAUGACGGAGGAGUUCUUACGUCUCCAUUUUAUCCUAAUUUCUACCCGUUGAAUACGAAUUGCACGUGGAUCUUGGAAGCACCCAGGCCGACGGAAAGAGUGACCCUCAUGUUCACGCACAUCGACCUGGGUCGGCGUUGGGCACCCUGGAGAGCCAACCUCACCGACAACUGCACGUAUCACUACGUUGAGGUGUGGGACGGAUCGAGCAUGGAAGACCAAUCUUCGAUGGGCCGGUUUUGCUCAACUCGGGUCCCCCCGCCAAUCACGUCGCAGGGUUCCUCCAUGCUCGUGCAUUUGCACGGCCGGCGCUGGGGGCACGGCGUGGGUUUCGCAGCUGCUUAUUCCGUAGCGGACACGGUUUUUCAGUCACUAAAAUUGGAGUGCGCAUUCCGUUUGAGCUUGUGGUGGAGUGUUGAUUUCGGAACACGGAACAAUUGCGAGUCCCGGCUAUCCGAACAAUUAUCCUCUGGUUGUCGAAUGCGUGUGGACAUUGAAGGCAUCGAAAGGAGCUUAAAAAAAUCGAUUUUAUGUACAGGAAAUAGAGUAACAAUGUCGUUCGAAAGCUUUGCUUUGACGAGAACCGAACAUUGUAAUACGGAUUACGUCGAAGUGAGGAAGACCAAUGCGAUGGGAGAACUGAUGGCACACGCAUGUGGUACUAGUAUGCCGAAUAAUCUUACUGCCGCUGAAGCUUUGUGGAUCAAGUUCAGAUCUGGCAAUGUUUCCGUGGCACCAGGAUUUGUUGCUCACUAUUCUUUGCUUCAUGGAAAUGAAAUCACCGGAUUGUCGGGUGAAGUGGAGUCACCAAUGUACCCGAUUGCGUUUACCACGAGAGGAAUAUUCACUUGGAGAAUUACGGUUCCUGAGCGCCACUUCGUUCAUGUCGCUGUCACAGAGAUGAACAUAGAGAAAAACCCUUUCCGAAACCGGCGACGACCUCGACAGUGUCAAUCCGCCAUAUACUUUUUCGAUGGACUUGAUGCUGAUGCUCGAGUAUUGGGAGCCUGGUGUGGACACACGCUUCCUUCUCCUUUCACAACGACCUCAAACACGUUAUUCGUUAAAUUUUAUUCGAGGCAUUACGUCGAAGGAUCCAAGUUCAAAUUUUCUUGGGAAGCGACCAACAUGGCUUUGCCUCCACGAGUCGGUCGUUGUGGAGGUACAAUUUACAUGAACGAAACCGGAACAGCCACGAUUAAAUCGCCAAAUUAUCCGGAGAAUUACAACAAUUCACAGCAAUGCACGUGGUUCGUUGUGUCUGCUGCCCAUGUGCGAAUUGUUUUGAAAGUGAACGAUCUCAAGCUGGAAAGCCAUCGUUUGUGUUUGUACGAUUAUCUCGAAGUUUACCAAGUAUGUGGCGGGUUUUAUGAUCAAGUGGCCGAAAAUAUAAAGAACAUUGGAUACCCCGGAAACUCUUCGCCGGGCCCGCAAGAAUGUGAAUAUCUCAUUCGAGCUGCGCCUUGGAGAAAAAUCCACGUUCGUUUCCUCAGUGUGAAUCUUGGAUAUUCCUCAACUUGUUCAAACACGUAUGUUUCGAUGAGAGCAGGAAAUUCAGUUGACUCGCCGUACUGGGGAGAUGCACAAUACUGUGGGCAACGGGUUCCUGAUAAUUUGCCUGAGAAAACACCGGGCAAUUAUCUAUUGGUUAGAUACAAGACAAGUGGCGGAGGACCGAAUCAGAUCGAUUUUUCUUCCUUCCUGCAUUCUUUCAAGGGUUUUGAGAUGUACUACCAGCAAGAACCAGAAGGAAACUGCGGCGGAACCUUUUACUUGACGGACCAAGACCCUAUGAAAGAAAUCACUUCUCCGAAUUACCCCAAUCCUUCCGAAAGGAACACUGAAUGCGAAUGGAGAUUCUUUGCGCCUCCGGGUGAAUCCGUGCAGCUUGAUUUGGAAGACCUUCAAAUGAUGCCUGCUCCUGAAAGAAGAUCAUGUCGCUCGGAGUGGAUUUUAGCUCGUGAUGGCAGUGCAUCCUACUCACCACUGCUUUUCCGACGUUGCGGCACGCAAAUGCCGACGAAAAGCACCAAAACCUCAACCAACGGUCUGUUCAUCCGGUAUUUGACGCGGAUCGGAAGAACUCCACGAGGAUCAACUGCUUCCGGAUUCAAGGCCAUUGUGAAAAUAGCGGAUUGCGGCGGGAGAUUCAGAGGCAAUACCGGAAUCAUCGCGUCGCCGCAUUAUCCGAAUGGAUAUCCGGGCAACGAAGUCUGCGAUUGGGACAUCACUGUCCUGCCCGGAAGGUCCAUGAGCUUUACGUUCUACGACUUCCGACUUCCGCCCGCGCCGAAUUGCUCGCUUGCAACUGACAAGCUGUUGAUUCGGGACAGCUUUAACGACACUAUUACAGGGUUGCCGAUUGAUGAGCAGUAUUUCUGCGGGAAUUCGACUGGAGCUACGUACGAGUUGUCAUCAAAUACUGCGCACUUGACGUUCACUUCUGGGCCGGAAGCAGCUCGAUUCAUUGACACGCCGAAGUUCAGAAUUCGUUUUAAUGCCAGUCUGGAUGGUUGUGAUGGAGAGUACUCGGGAGACACUGGAGAAUUCACUUCGCCGUUGUAUCCGAAUCCUUAUCCUCACAGAAGAAUGUGUAGAUAUAUCAUUCGAGCGCCAUAUGGCCGUAAAGUUACGGUGAACUUCAAUGACUUCGAUGUUGGAUUCAAUCGGAAUGGCGUGGGACCUUACAGUUGUGCAUCAAACUACAUAUUCGCCCAGCAAGGUGAAGGCUUGAGGGAUGAGCCGUUUAUACCGCUGGGGCCGACAGGAAAUCCUCGGAUUAUCAGAUAUUGCGGAGCUUCUGAUCCGGGACCGAUUCGAUCGAAUUCAAGCAGAUUGGUCCUGUUCUUUGUUACGAAUGGCAUCGGAAACUAUCGAGGAUUCCGAGCGACGUACACAACUACCGACUUUGCUGGGAUGAGCCGUUUAUACCGCUGGGGCCGACAGGAAAUCCUCGGAUUAUCAGAUAUUGCGGAGCUUCUGAUCCGGGACCGAUUCGAUCGAAUUCAAGCAGAUUGGUCCUGUUCUUUGUUACGAAUGGUAUCGGAAACUAUCGAGGAUUCCGAGCGACGUACACAACUACCGACUUUGCUGAUGACGCUAGUGGAGAACUAUGGAAUAGAUAUUGUCCUGCUUUACAGAGUCCUCGAUAGCAGUAGGGUGACAUUCACACGAUUGGACGUCGAAGGAGGUGCGUCUUCGUCGACGUGUGAAGCGGACUACGUGUCAGUUAGGAACGGGGAAAGAGACGAUUCGCCGGAAAUCGGUCGAUACUGUAGUUCGACCCCGACGUCGGUCAGAAGCGUGGUCACUUCCAAUCACAUGGUGUAUUUGCAGUUUCAUUCGAACGGAGAUUCGCAGACAUCAGCUGGUUUCAGCGUUGACGUGGCUCCAACGAGUUCAGGUUGUGGAGGAAUCUUUCAUGGUAGUGAAGGUAACAUCACGUCGCCUGGGUUUCCUGGUCGUUACCCGGCUUCUUUGGAAUGCGAAUGGGAAAUUGUUGCUCGUCCCGGGUUCCACGUUUCUUUGGAUUUUGUCGAGCGAUUUGACAUGGAGGUGUCAAGUUCUUGCUUGAACGACAACGUCAAAAUUUCCUAUAUGCACACAAAUGGAACGUGGCUCGAAGAAGGGACAUUUUGCGGGAAAACGAUUCCGCAUCCCAGCGUUGGCAAAUAUUUGACCAAUCGAAUCAAAGUGUCCUUCCGGUCGAAUGCGAAUAUUGAUGGUGACGGUUUCAAGAUAAGUUGGAAAGAAGGGUGUGGCGAAGCAUUCAAUGGAACCAAGUUCGGGGAAUUCAGCAGUCCCGGUUACCCUGGUGCUUAUUCUCCGGGCCUCAAUUGUUCCUGGAUAAUUGACACUUCCCCAGGAGCCGUCGUGAUUCUCAACUUCGACGCCGGUUUCUUCGUCGAAUCUGCCUAUGGAUGCAUUUAUGACUAUGUUUCAUUCCUUACGUCUUCAACACGUACGUCAAAUGGAGCUGUUUGGACACAGGAAGGUCCAAAUUUGUGUGGGAGGUACGAUGAACCCGUUACCAGGGUUUUUCGGGGUCCGAUCGUCGUUCGUUUCGUAUCCGACUCGGACGAUGGAACCGGAGCACAGACGGGAUUUCAGGCGAACUUCACAGUCGAAGAUUGCGGAGGCACAGUGACGGAAGAGGGAGAACUAAGUUCCCCAGGUCACCAGCAUUACAGUUUCUUCGAUACUAAUUGUACUUGGACAAUCGAAGCUCCGACGGAUAAAAUCGCGGCUUUGAAAUUCGAAAAAAUCUACACGGCUUCCGAUGACAAUUGCAGCACGGAUUUCGUCGCAGUUUUUGAUGGCGCAAACCUGAAUUCGUCGCUGAUUGGCAAGUAUUGUGGAGGCGACCCGUACCAAUUGAAUGUACCUGACAGAGCGGCAAGAUCAAGCGGGAACAAGAUGACGGUUCAAUUUUUCACCCAUCCCAACGGGUACUCGUUUUAUCGCGGCGGGUUUCAGGGUGUUGUCUCCUUCACUUAUGGUCCUAGCAAAGGUUGUGGAGGCAAGUUCAACGUGACUUCGUCAGGCGUGAGUUUCGGCUCGCCAGACGUGGACAAUAACGGAAAAUACGAGCCUGACUUGGACUGUAUUUGGUACUUCAGAGCUAUUGAUUCCAACAAAGUGCUCAGACUCACCUUUUCGUCUGUGUUUGACAUCCAAGCCUUGGAAUUGAACUCUCGCCCUUGCGGAUACGAUUUUCUGGAGGUGUUUGAUGGAAGUCACCUUACGGAAGACUCUUUGGGUCGUUUCUGUGGAACAACCGUUCCGCCAUCGUUGACAUCGUCGUCAUCUUGGUUGGCUGUUCGCUUCGUCAGUGAUGGAGACGGAGAUAAUGCCGGUUUCCGGGCAAGAAUCACGUUGGCAGACAGUCCUUGUGGCGGUGUUGAACUUCCUUGGGCCAGUGCAGAUCAGACGAGGGAGCUGACUUUGCCAUCAUACCCGAACACGUAUCCAGCCGGUUUGCGGUGUUCCUGGAUUCUCGAAGCCCCACCGCAGAAGAAAAUCCGUAUAGCUCUUUUGGAUAUCGACAUGGAGUCGAGUCGGAAUUGCACCAAGGAUCGACUGGAGAUCAUCGACAUGCCGCCAUCUGCUGGAGAAUUGCACGCCAGUCUUGCCAACGUCUACAAUGUUCGCUACGUGAACUCGCCCAGAUACACCGUCACUUCCGACUCCGUGUCGGCAGCACCGACGGAUGACCAAACCCACAAAUAUUGCGGAAGAUCGCAUCCGAGAGACUUCUACUCAGUUUCAUCCAGGGUUCGUGUCAAGUUCGUGUCAGAUUCCUCGGAACAAAGUGGGAAAGGAUUCCGCUUGAGUUACAAAAUUGCGGAAUGUAACCGGAAUUAUUCUGAGCCUUCUGGUCGGUUGGUGAAUCCGAAUUGGCCUCAAGCUACUGAGGAUAAUUCGAGAUGCGAACUGCUCAUCACUGCCCCGAAUCCGACGGAUACCGUGUCGCUUUAUUUCACGAUUCCAGUCGUCACCAGAACUUCAAAUAACUGUUCGACUUCUGGAUUGAAAGUUUACGAUGGUGGGAAUGCGACUGGUCGACUGCUGUCGCACGCGUGUGGUUGGAAUGCUUUGAAUCCUAUUUUUUCGACCAGAAAUCAAUUGUUUGUCGUUUUUGAGAGCGGCAGUGGUGGCGAUUUCAGCUUGGACCCAAACUCUCCCAACUACGACAUGGUUUACACUACCACAAGUCACGGUCGAGGAUGCGGAGGUGCACCGAUUAUGUCCAAUUAUGCGCAGAUCUACAGUCCGAAUUUCGACUACGGCAGAAAUUUGAAUGAAACUAGCAAUGGAACCGUGGUAUACGACUGCACGUGGGACGUCGGCGUUUCUACAGUAUAUCACGCCAACGUUCACAUCUUAGAUUUCAACCUCGGAAACACGAACUGCACCGACAAUUUCUUGGAGAUUUACGCCCUGGACCAACAUUCGCAAACUGCUAGUCUGCAUCGACGUCUGUGUCCGGAACAAGCUUCUGUAAAUGAGUUUUCGUUUUCUAUUCUCCACGCGGGAUAA